CAGUGACGGCAAAAAAAAAAAAAACCUCCCAAACUCAACAUUCAAAACCUGAGCAGGCUGGAAAAGGCAAAGCUCAGCUGAAAGGAUCAGGCUGAACAGUAUGGCUACAGACAAGAAGAACGCGAUUCUAAGAGAAGGAUUCCUGGUGAAAAGGGGUCAUGUUGUACACAACUGGAAGGCACGCUGGUUUGUGUUGAUGCCAGACAAACUGCUCUACUAUAAAUACGAAGGAGGGAAAAGAGACUCAUGUCAGCGAGGGAAAAUCCUGCUGAAGGACUGUGUGCUAACUUGUCCCUUUCUGGAGUAUGAAAAUCGACCGUUGGUGUUCAAACUUCAGACGGCACAUAAAGUGGAUCAUUAUCUGGAGGCUUGUUCCAGAGAAGAGCGAGAUGCGUGGGCAGCUGACGUCACUGCUGCAGUCGACAAGCUGCGGACAGCUGAUGGAGGGAAGACCACAAACCAGCAAGAACCUGAUAAGUCCCAGUUGCACAACAUAGAUCUCAGCAAAGUGUUGGACUCCAUGUAUGACGUCCACAGUGGAAUCAAGAUGAGCAACCACGUGGAGCAGGGCAGCACUUACAGCAACUGUUUCUCAGGUUCAGCUGUUGUGGACUGGCUGGUGUUCAUGCAGCUGGUUCUGACCCGUGUGGAGGCCGUGACGCUGGCCUCCGCCCUGCUGGAGGAGGGUUUCCUGCGGACUGUGGGCAUGAGGAGCGUGGAGGCCCUCCGCACCGCCGGGCUCAGUGAGCAGUUCAUGGACGACUCCACUGCACUGUACAGCUUUUCUGAUAGUUUAAAGAAAAGAGGCAGCGUGAAGGCAGAGACGUCGCUGUCUGCAGUGGAGCUGAGUGGAGCAGUGGUAAAGAGAGGAUAUCUGCUUAAACAGGGACACAGAAGGAAGAACUGGAAGGUGCGACUGUUUGUGCUGCGUUCAGAGCCCGCUUUCCUUCACUACUAUGAUCCCACUAAGGAUGACCUCAGCCCCGUUGGCGGCUUCUCACUGCGAGGCUGUCUGGUGUCGUCUCUGAACGAUAAUGGAGUUCCCUCAGGUGUGAAAGGCAACAUUCAGGGAAACCUGUUUAAAAUCAUCACUCAGUCAGACACACAUUAUUUCAUCCAGGCUCCGACCCACCAGGAGAAGAUGGACUGGAUAGAUGCGAUCAGAGAGCAAACAUAGAACAGCUGAUCAAACUUUUUUACAUUUCAACAACUUAACCUGGUAUGAAGAAAAGUGAAUUUACACAUUCCAUGAAUGUACUGUAGCAACAAACUGGGACCAUGCAAUCUGAAUAAGAGUAUUAGUGGUUAUGUAACAUUUCUGUUGAUCUAAUCUCCAAAAUAGGAAAAUUAGAAAUCGUAAAAAAAAAGUUUGCACAGGGAGGAUUUAAAGACUUUAAACUGUAGCAUUUUUCUUGUGAUAAUUCAGUUUAAUUUUUUUAAGUUUUUAAUGUGUUUUACAAGAUUUUUUUUCUAUAUCAAACAUAAUGCUUUGGACUUUAUUCCCCAAGCUGAAUUAUUAUACAGCUCCACACACAGAGUACAUUCACCCAGGUACUUCUGUACAAUUUUAGAUACUUGUACUUUAUUAGAGUAUAAUUUUUAAGCUACACUUAUGACAGCUGUAGUUACAUUUCAGAUGAAACAUAAAUAUUAUAUUAAAAUACAAUACGUUGCUAAAUAUUAGAGUUGUUCCCAACUUCUUUUGCUUGUAGUGAGAAACAUUUUUUAUCUUUCAGAUGUAGAGAGACAUUUCAUGUUUAAGUUUGAGCUGCAAGAAUCUGAACUUAUCCAAUAUUUUAACAACAAAAAAUUUAAAUUAAAACAAAUUUGCUGUUGAAGCUUAUUGUCUCAUGAUGGAGCAAGUGCUAUUUUUAUAAUAGCUCAAACUUGAAUUGAUUUAAAUGAAUUUAUCCUUUAUCACAGGUCAAUCAAGUUAUAUCAUUUAUUCUAUAUAUUGUCAGGAAAUACUGAAAAAAUGUGAUAUGAUAAUAAAGAAUUUAGGUCAUAUUGUCCUUA